AUGUCCUUUUCCGCCUCAGCGGUGGCCGGGCUUCGUGAGUUGAGGUUCCAUAGUCUUUGGGUUCUCAUGCAGUCGCGCUAUGUGCACUGGUGCAUAUCCGCCUUGGCAUCGCAUGCAGUUGCGUGCAACUGGUGCUACCUUCGCACAUGCUUGGUGGACUUUGCUCCUGAUUUCUGUGCGAGUAGCUGCGGUUCGUUGCAAUUUCAGGACGAUGUGGAUUGGCAGCGCUCGCAGGACAUGCUGGAGGUGGUCGUGAGGAUAUGGACGCAAAUUAAUCCUGAUUCGCAGGAGUUCCAACAAGUGCAGGCAUUGCUUCUGGAAGCCAUCGAAAUGGGGCGGCAGAGUUGCGAAGCUGCAGCACUCACCGCCCAGCUUCUCGUCAUGGGCUUUCAGCAGCCAGCUGCACUCGAGGUGCAGAAGCUCCUGCUGCCUCAGGGGGGCGAAUCUGCCGCUCACGAUCCCAUGUGGGCUUCGAGCUGGUUUCUUUCGCUGCCCGACCCUGCGAUACUAGCGCUUACUGGCUGGCAGGGCUUUUUUGAUGCCUUGAACGCCUCCUUGGCAGAAACUCUCCUGCUGGCCCCGCCUUGCUCUUUGGAGGCCUUGGGCGGAGUUCCGGCGGCCUUGGAUCUCCUGCAGCUCGCAGCCUCCAUGGACCUUGGGCCUAUGGCGCCUCCGUGGCGGCAAGCCGUGGCCUUCCGAGUGCUCAAGGAUCGACUUCGCUCCGCCUUUGAGAUCUUAAGGGUGGAGCGCGAGACGCUCAGGCACGGCCAGGAGGGCCACGAGUGCAUGAGCACUGUAGCAAGCAUUGUGGCAGAAGUGUCGUCAAGAGUUGCUUCCAAAUUCCGCGACGUGCGCUGGAUAUCGACGUUGUCUCGAUGGCCCGAACUUCCAAGCCCACCAAGGCAAGAACCUGGUGAGUCCAUGCGCGCUGCGGUUUGCGUGGCCGGACAACCUCGAGCCAUGUCUGGUGAACUUCUUGAGCCCAUGGCUCGGCAGCUCUUCAAAAGCCUCUGUCCUGUGGCAGCUGGGACCGGGACUUCUACCUCUGCUCCUUUGCUACUUCUCUUCUCGCUUGCGAGCCAGCCCCAUCUGGGUGUCGAAGCAGGGCACGCGGCCUCAGCCUCCCUCCAGUCGCAGCUUUCGAAAGUGCUGCGGUCCACGUCGUGUCCACAGCUUGGGCCUUUGCCGGCGGUCCUAGGGCGAGUUGACGUGGUGGACGAUGGCAGUUACGAGGAUGUCGAGGAAGUGGUCAAUGCUUAUUCAGAGGAGGCAUGGUGGCACGGUGAGAAGAAUGGCCGGCUGAAGUGGGCUCGGCAGUUACUCGGCAUCAGCCGAUGUCAGAUUGCCCUGCAAGAAGAAGAGGAGACUGUUGGACAAGUGGACUGGGUAGUGUUUUUGCGACCCGACCUUCUGCACAUAGUUCCACUUCCAGACCUCAGUCAUCUUCGGAAAGGUCAUGUUGCAGUGUUUCCGGAUGGGGGUCAGAAGCUGAGUCUUCAAGCUGGAUACCUUGAGGGCCUGGAUCGUGCACUCAUCCUCUCCCGCAGUGUUGCGGAAGCCUUCUUCGUGCUUCCGCUCCAGUCCUUGAGAAAUGCGAGCUUCCUAAAACGGCACCUGAGCUGCCUUAGCUGCUCGGGCUGGAGAUCUCCAGGUGUGAAGCUCAGCCCAGAGAAGCACCUGGCGAACGUCCUUUGGCAGUGGGCGGAAGACCACGGAAGCAAGGAAUUGGAACUGACGGUGGAUGAGAACUGGAUUCAACCACUCGUGCUCUCAGAAAGAGGAUGCAUCAACUUCCGACCUUGCACCGAUCAGAGCUGUGUUCCAGCAGAGCCGCAGCAAAAGCAAGCUCCAACCCAUGGGCCACGGCUGCCUCGCUGGGCUCGUUCACUUGCCCUGCGGCGCACUUGCUGGCCUUUGGAUGCAGAACUUGAAGCGGGAGCAGAGGCUUGGGUGAAUGCUGCCCCAUCUGAUACCGUGGAGGCCUUUUUGGAGAGUCCUGCAGCGAUCCUUGUUCCACGCCUGCCCGAGCAAGAAAACUGCGGGUGUCUUAUGCUUAAUUAG